UUCACAGAUCUCCAUCCUAGUAAUAUCUUCGUUAACAGCCAAUGGAACGUCAAGUUCGUGAUUGAUCUCGAAUGGGCCUGUUCACUACCAGCGGAAACUUUCCGUCCUCCAUACUGGUUGACUGGUCGCUCAGUCGAUGACCUAAUAGGAGAGCACCUCGAAGACUUCAGGGAGGCGUACGAAGAGUUCAUGGAUAUUUUUGAGGAGGAAGAAAAACUCUUUCCUCCUAUCAACAAUACCUAUUCUUACAGGACCACUCUUAUGAGAAAUGGUUGGCAAGUCGGAAACUUUUGGUAUUUUCAUGCCUUGGACAGCCCGAAAGGCCUAUUUAACCUCUUCCGUCAACAUAUUUAUCCCAUUUUCGCACCUUCACGUCAGGUUGUUUCCGAUUUUUCGCGGGUUAUAUCGGACUUCUGGGCUCCCGAUGUUGAAGAAAUCAUACUUGCCAAGCUCCGAGAUAAAGGGGAUAUUGUCUCGCCUAAAAGCAUGUCCCGCCCUGCGUCAAAGUUUGCCGAAUGGCUUGCCAGGGCUCCCGUCCAAGACAAGUUUGGUCUUUGCGGGCUCCUCGCUCUUGCGCCAACACCAGGCAUGCUCCAGUGGCUGGAUAUCCCAUCAUACUUGCAAGGGGGAGUACUUGCAGCCCUGGUGAUUGCCAACAUUAUUGCAAUCAGUCUUCAUGCUCAGACCUGGGCAGAUGUGCAGAAGCGAGCGGGAUGCUUGGCGGUAACACACCUUGUUCCCCUCUGCUCUGGGUUUAGCUUCAGUCUUCCGGCUCAUGUCUUCCGUAUCGAACGGGGCACGCUCCAGUGGGCCCAUCGGUGGCUAGGCCGCAUUUGCGUGCUGCAUUGCCUUCUUCAUGGGUCCGUACUAGGCACAGUUGCUCGAAAUACAAGCCUUGGAGCUUCCCUCGUCAUCCCACUCCUGGCCGGAUGCAGUUUCGUCUCGAUCUUUCCUUGGACGCUCGCUGCGAUUCUUCGGCGGUGGCCGCAACUCGGCCUCAAGGUCCACCAUGUGCUUGCUUUGGUCGCCACCGGUACCCUUUUCUAUCAUUUGAUCGACCGGGUAUCGUCCUACCGCUGGGUUUUACUAGGCGAUCGUGGCGCAUCACCUCUCGACGGGCCCUCGCGCGGUCUUCCAACAGGCUCUUAUGGCUUGAUAUUGCGGUACCGGCGGAGUGCGUGGCUCAACCGGGGCAGUACUCAGCCCGUGGACCAGAUUCGUUACCGCAAGCGCAACUGUACGCGCUUGAAAUACCACUUUCAUACCAUCGAUAUCGCCAAGGAGUUAGCACGCCUGAUGGAUGGUACAGGCGGAACGACCGCGGUU